ACACUUUACAAUCUCUCUAGCUAUAUAAAUGCAAACAACACAAUGGCAAAGAUGAGAUCAGUUCACCUCCUAAUUAAUAGUUAAGCAAUGGGUUCCCAAAGCCCCAGCAAGUGCAGCCUCGUCUGCUUGGGUUUGUUGCUCAUUUGGGCAACGUUGGCCACCCAAGCAGCUUCUCGCUCGCUUCAGCAGCAGGAGGAGGAGGAAGCCAUGUACCAGCUGAGACACGAGCAGUGGAUGGCUCGGUAUGGGCGGGAGUACAAGGAUGCUGAUGAGAAGGCGAAACGUUACAGGAUAUUCAAGGCCAAUGUGGAACGCAUCGAGUCGUUUAAUAAGGCAGGCCACAGUGGGUACAAGUUAGGAGUGAAUCAAUUUGCAGAUCUUACGAAUGACGAGUUCAAAUUGCGAAACAGGUUCAAGAGCCAUGUCUGUUCCACUGUUGCGCCGUCUUUCAGAUACCAAAACGUGACUGCAGUUCCAGCCACCGUGGACUGGAGGAAGAAAGGAGCAGUAACCGCGAUCAAGGACCAAGGCCAGUGUGGAUGUUGUUGGGCGUUUUCAGCUGUGGCAGCCAUGGAAGGAAAUAACCAGCUAACAACUGGCAAGCUCAUCUCCCUGUCCGAGCAAGAGCUUGUCGACUGUGACACUUCAGGCGAAGAUCAGGGCUGCAAUGGUGGCCUCAUGGAUGAUGCCUUUAAGUUCAUCAAACAAAACGAAGGACUCACAACUGAAGCAAACUAUCCGUACCAGGGUACGGACGGCACUUGCAACAAGAACAAAGCCGGAAACCACGCAGCCAAGAUAAAUGGGUACGAAGACGUGCCUGCAAACAGUGAGAGUGCCCUUCAAAAGGCCGUUGCUAAUCAGCCAGUCUCGGUCGCCAUCGAUGCUGGGGGCUCUGACUUCCAAUUCUACUCGAGUGGAGUCUUUACGGGAGAGUGUGGGACUGAGCUAGACCACGGCGUCACCGCCGUUGGCUAUGGUACCGACGGGGAUGGGACUAAGUAUUGGCUCGUGAAGAACUCAUGGGGCACAUCAUGGGGAGAAGAAGGGUACAUAAGGAUGCAGAGAGGCAUUGCCGCCAAAGAAGGCCUUUGUGGCAUUGCCAAGAUGGCCUCAUACCCCACUGCAUGAUUAAUUAAUGCCCAACCCCAAAGCAACUGAGGUGUAAAAUAAUAAUGUGUAUGGGUAUGGCUGCUGGUUGUUUAAUUUAUGCUUUUCCUCAGC